AUGACAUCACUCAAGAAGAAGAGUAGGAGGAAGCCUUCUUCCCAGGCCCUGGGGAAUAUUGUUGGCUGCAGAAUUUCUCACGGGUGGAAGCAAGGUAAUGAGCCUGUCACCCAUUGGAAGGCCAUCAUUCUAGGUCAACUGCCAACAAACCCUUCUCUUUAUUUGGUGAAGUAUGACGGAAUUGACAGUGUCUACGGACAGGAGCUCCACAGCGAUGAGAGGAUUUUAAAUCUUAAGGUCUUGCCUCCCAAAGUAGUUUUUCUUCAGGUGAGGGAUGUCCACCUCGCCAGCGCCCUGGUUUGCAGAGAGGUACAACACAAAUUUGAGGGGAAAGAUGGCUCUGAGGACAACUGGAGUGGGAUGGUGCUAGCCCAGGUGCCAUUCUUACAGGACUAUUUUUACAUUUCCUACAAGAAGGAUCCGGUCCUCUACGUCUAUCAGCUCCUGGAUGACUACAAGGAAGGUAACCUCCACAUCAUUCCAGAGACCCCUCUGGCUGAGGCGAGAUCAGGUGAUGACAAUGACUUCUUAAUAGGUUCCUGGGUGCAGUACACCAGAGAUGAUGGAUCCAAAAAGUUCGGAAAGGUUGUUUACAAAGUUCUAGCCAAUUCUACUGUGUACUUUAUCAAAUUUCUUGGUGACCUACAUAUCUAUGUCUAUAUUCUGGUGUCAAAUAUCACUUAA